GUAGAGUGUUUAAUUGUGUCUGUUACCAUUUUCUGUGGCAUCAUAAACAGAAUACUUGACAUACUAGAUUGUGGUUUGUAUAAUUUUUUUCUAAAUAAAUGCCGUGAAGAGACCUCCUCCCAUUUCAGUGCUUUGUUCUCCACCCAGCAGCUGCACGGGAGGAUCCGGCUAAAACUCCUACCGAGAGCUCAGGAAUUCCAACAUGAGUGAGAGCUUGUGGCUCUUUAAAUCAAGUUUCCCCUUCGCAGACGGUGGCGGACAAAACGAGAGAACAGUGGAAGCUUUGUUUUUGUCGCUCUGCGCAGAAACUGGGAGAAAGGGGAUUGUUUUGAAACCAUGGCAGAGCAAACAGAGGGAUUUCCCUCCUCUGCGCUCAGAUGAAGCCCUGCCGUGCCUUCUUUUCAGGAAUACCAAAGAACUGGUUUCCCUUUGUCAGAACACACACACACACACGCUAGACGAUCUGGGAAACACACCCACAUAAAGCAGCCUGUGCCUCACACAUGCACACACACGCUAGAAUAACACCCAGCCCCGCUGCGCUCCGCUUCCAGCUGUUUCUGGUCCGGGAGCAGGAGGAGGAGGAGGAGGAGGAGGAGGCCCGGCCCGAACCCGGGAGGGAGACAUGAGGCGGGAGCUGGAGCUCACCGGCUUCGGUCUGGCCUUGACGGGGUGGAUGUGCGCCGUCCUGACGCGCUGCCUCGCCCUGUGGACGGUGCGCGGCACCCUGAACAACACCACGGCCGCCCUGCCGGCCUACUGGGACGGGGUGUGGCUGCAGUGGGAUCACUGGGACCUGGGCCACGAUGGCAAGCUGCACUGCUCCUUCUACCAGUCCCUCAUGUCGCUCUCCGGACGCUUCCGGACGUGGAGGGCCCUCGUGGAGGCCGGCAUCGGAGCGGGGCUUUUCGCCGGGGUGAUCGGAGGGGUGGGUCUGGUGGCGUUCCCUCGGCGCGGACAGAUCAAAGUGGCCUCUGGUGCCGUCUUUGUCCUGGCCGCGGUGCUGCUGUUGAUUCCCACGGCGUGGACGUGCCACACGACCAGCGAGCCACUAGAGAGCGCUGUGCUGCUGAGCAGGGAGUGGGGACCUGCUCUGUACCUCGGAUGGAUCUCCUUCGGCUUGAUGCUCUGCAGCGGGGUGUUUCUCACCACCAGGUGCCCGACCACGGGCGGCCAGGGGGAGCAGGGCGGCGGAGGCGGCGGGUACCCGGGUCUGGAGGAGGAGGCGAACCACCCUUUGAGCACCAUCAACAGGACUACGUUCACGCACAGCCAGUACGAACGCAGGUCACAAGACGUGUGAGGGGACUGUGGUGACAUAUUUAACCGAGUGUGUGCAUCUUGUUUUCAUUAUUCACAUAAUUUUACAUUCAUGCUUCUGUUGGUCUGUUACAUUGUUUGAUUUCAGCCUGAUGUGUUAAAGGGUAAAUAAUGACUGUUCUUCACUUUACAUCGGUGUAAAGCUCAUUUCAACUGUUUUCCACGAAAGAAAAUCUGUAAUAAAGAACCGUUAAUGUGUGAGAGACACUGCAGAGGUUGUUUGACUUCAGUCACGUGUUUCGACUGGUUUUUAACUGACUGACAUUUUCUCAGAGGACAUGUUAGAUUUAUCACACUGGCGGAGUUGUCUGGUCGCAUUCCUCCUUCGUGGUUUCCUGGGACACGUAAUGGAAAUGAGCCAAGAUGAAAUGAAUGUAGUCUAAGUGUUUUUUUUUUUAAGUAUUUUUCUUUUAAUUAGGUGAAAAUGGAAAGAGAACAGUUUCUCAUGAGGUGGUUGAUUCGUUCAUUCUGCAAAAACAGAAUUACUAGAAAGAAGCAAAAUAUUUUUAUAUUUAAUUUACGAAAAAUUCUUUUAAAAGGCACAAAGUUUUUAAAAUAAGCACAAAGUUCUUGUCUCUGAAUAGAAUAUAUCUUUGAUACAAGCACUUUUCACUUUCUUGAAAUUCCUCUCUUGCAGUGCAAAGACUACAGACAGUAGAUUAUGAAUUUAUCAGACUUUUUAGAGUUUAUCAGAUGUUUCACAGGACUUUAAAUAUGCUGCAAACAGGCGCUUCUGCUUUAACAGAGGUAAACAAAGAUAAAACAUGAGUUUCUCUUAAUGCUUCUUAUAUUAUAGCAGUAACUUUCUGAGGAGGAGGGAAUUUCUUGCAGAAUUUCUUAUAUUAAAAUGCGAUUGAAUCAUUUUCUUUCCCAGGAUCAAAUAAAACUACUUGUUUUCUGUU